UUAUUUGAUGAAAGCUCCUUCUCUUUCCUCCUCUGCUGUUGCAAAACCAUCCUGGGAGUGUUUGCUGCUGCCUGUGGUGCUUUUCUGGGGUUACUGCAGUGCACCCAAAGACCUCCAGCCUCCAAUCACACAAAUAGGCCCCUGGAGGAGCUUUUACAUCCUCCACCCUCGAGGCUGUCUUCUUCUGAAGCUGUCUGGGACGGCUUUGCUAGUCAACUGACUGGAAAUAAUUCCUCAAACACCACAUCAAGGAUACAGGCAGCAGCGUGCUCCCCGUGUUGUGUGGCUAUUCUGGACCGGAAGUUGGUAGCUGAGGGCCGAAUCUUUAUGCUGCAGAAGAACUUUCCCCCCAGCACAUGAUUUGGGACUUCCACAUUGUGACAUGGAUGAGUCUUCAGUGACGCUUGGCACAAUAGACGUUUCUUAUCUGCCCAAUUCAUCAGAAUACAGCCUUGGCCGAUGUAAACACACAAGUGAGGAUUGGGGUGACUGUGGGUUCAAACCUACCUUCUUCAGAUCUGCAACGUUAAAAUGGAAGGAGAGCCUCAUGAGCCGGAAGAGGCCAUUCGUGGGAAGGUGCUGCUACUCCUGCACGCCACAGAGCUGGGAGAGGUUUUUCAACCCCAGUAUCCCAUCUCUGGGUUUGCGGAACGUUAUUUAUAUCAAUGAAACUCACACAAGGCACCGAGGAUGGCUGGCAAGACGUCUUUCUUACAUCCUUUUUGUUCAAGAGCGGGAUGUCCACAAGGGCAUGUUUGCCACUGGUGUCACUGAAAAUGUACUGAACAGCAGCAGAGUCGAAGAGGCAAUUGUUGAAGUGGCUGCUGAGUUGAACCUGGAUGGAUCUGCCCAGCAGCAGUCUAAAGCCAUCCAGAAAGUGAAAAAGAAAGCCAGAAAGAUCCUGCAGGAAAUGGUUGCUACUGUCUCCCCAGGAAUGAUCAGGCUGACUGGCUGGGUGCUGCUAAAGCUCUUCAAUAGCUUCUUCUGGAACAUUCAGAUUCACAAGGGUCAACUGGAGAUGGUUAAAGCCGCAACCGAGACGAAUCUGCCGCUCUUGUUCCUGCCGGUGCACAGAUCCCACAUCGACUACCUGCUGCUCACUUUCAUCCUCUUCUGCCACAACAUCAAGGCACCGUACAUCGCCUCGGGCAACAACCUCAACAUCCCCAUCUUCAGUACCUUGAUUCACAAGCUUGGGGGCUUUUUCAUAAGGAGGCGGCUUGAUGAAACCCCAGAUGGACGCAAAGACAUUCUCUAUAGAGCGUUACUUCAUGGGCACAUAGUUGAAUUGCUCCGACAGCAGCAGUUCCUGGAGAUCUUCCUGGAAGGCACCCGCUCCCGGAGUGGGAAGACCUCCUGUGCUCGGGCAGGGCUAUUGUCAGUGGUGGUGGAUACUCUGUCCUCCAACACCAUCCCUGACAUCCUCGUUAUUCCUGUGGGCAUCUCCUAUGAUCGGAUAAUCGAAGGUCACUACAACGGUGAACAAUUGGGCAAGCCCAAGAAGAAUGAGAGUCUUUGGAGUGUGGCGAGAGGCGUGAUCAGAAUGCUGCGGAAAAACUACGGAUAUGUCAGAGUGGAUUUUGCACAACCAUUUUCCUUGAAGGAAUAUUUAGAAAGCCAAAGUCAGAAACCUGUGUCUGCUCCCCUUUCUCUGGAGCAAGCAUUGUUACCAGCUAUCCUUCCUACAAGGCCUAAUGAUGCUGCUGAUGAAAAUCAAGACAUAUCUGGUAACGAGUCCAGAAACUCGGUAGAUGAAGCUUUCCGAAGACGGCUAAUUGCAAACCUGGCCGAGCACAUCCUCUUCACUGCUAGCAAGUCCUGCGCUAUCAUGUCCACCCACAUUGUGGCCUGCCUGCUCCUCUACAGACACAGGCAGGGAAUUCACCUCUCCACACUGGUGGAAGACUUCUUUGUGAUGAAGGAGGAAGUCUUGGCUCGGGACUUUGACCUGGGAUUCUCAGGGAAUUCAGAAGAUGUCGUCAUGCAUGCUAUUCAGCUUCUGGGAAACUGUGUCACUAUCACCCACACUAGCAGGAAGGAUGAAUUUUUUAUUACCCCCAGCACAACUGUCCCAUCAGUCUUCGAACUCAACUUCUACAGCAACGGGGUACUUCACGUCUUUAUCAUGGAAGCCAUCAUAGCCUGCAGCCUUUAUGCACUUCUGAACAAGAGGGGCUCAGGAGGGUCUGCCAGUGGCCCUGGCAGCUUGGUCAGCCAGGAGCAGCUGGUGCGGAAGGCGGCCAGCCUGUGCUACCUUCUUUCUAAUGAAGGCACCAUUUCUCUGCCCUGCCAGACAUUUCACCAAGUCUGUCACGAGACGGUGGGAAAGUUCAUCCAGUACGGCAUUCUUACCGUGGCAGAGCAAGAUGACCAGGAAGAUGUCAGUCCUGGUCUUACAGAACAGCAGUGGGACAAGAAGCUUCCAGAACCCUUGAAUUGGAGAAGUGAUGAAGAAGAUGAAGACAGUGAUUUUGGUGAGGAGCAGCGAGAUUGCUAUCUGAAGGUGAGCCAAUCCAAGGAACACCAGCAGUUCAUCACCUUUCUCCAGAGGCUCCUGGGGCCCUUGCUAGAGGCCUACAGUUCUGCUGCCAUCUUUGUCCACAACUUCAGUGGUCCGGUGCCCGAGUCUGAGUACCUGCAGAAGCUGCACAGAUAUCUCAUCACCAGAACAGAAAGGAAUGUGGCAGUGUAUGCUGAGAGUGCCACAUACUGUCUUGUGAAGAACGCUGUGAAAAUGUUUAAGGAUAUCGGGGUUUUCAGAGAGACCAAGCAAAAGAGAGUCUCUGUUUUAGAACUGAGUGCUACUUUCCUACCUCAGUGCAACCGGCAGAAGCUCCUGGAGUAUAUUCUGAGUUUUGUGGUACUGUAGGGAUCUCUCAGCACCUACGGCGAGGGAGGGGCUCAUGAUGAGUCCCUCGAAGGCUCCAGUCGGACCCAGAGCGGCAGGUGUCCUGGUGUGGCCCAGCUUGCCUUACUCCGAGGAGACCCCCAGGAAGAUGCGUGCCUUCUGCCCACCCCCGUGGACCUGCGCUCCUCCCAACACAGUCGCAGUGGCCUGUGCAGAGCACUUGGGGCCAGUGCCAUCUGUGAUUCCUGAUCACUAGGUUACUAGGUGAAAUCUCAGUAAGUUAUUUUGGAGUUUAUUAAAGAUUCACAUUUUAAGUUUGACUUUUAAGGACUAGUUACUGUGAUGGACAUAGAAGUGUAUGUGGUACUGAUUCUUGUAUAGUGUGUAAUAAUGUUUCUCCAUCUCCAUCUUCUCGCUGUCAAUGGAGCUCUGGUCUGGAGGAGAGCCCUUUCAUCUCAAGUGCUUUACUAAGGAAUGACUCUGCCCUGGGCUGGCAGUCUCCAACGUGUUUGAAUAGCUGCCCGAAAGCAGACGAUACCGUGUAGGGCAGAAAGUGAGGUACUGUGGCAAAGGACCCAGUGUCAGCAGGGCAUCUGGUGUUGAAAGGCUGAAGGUGCACUUGGCCAGGAAGGUGCCACUGGAGGCUUUGCUCACACAACAAAGUGCCAUUGAGUUGUAAUGUCCAGGCAGUGUUAGAGUUGCCCACGGUUUGAUAGCCGCACCCUCCCCACCCUUUAAUGAUGGCCAUUUCUGCCUCGUAGGGGCCCUCCAGCCAGUCAGCUGUGCUGGUUGGUAGCUCGGCUGGAGGGAUUGCUGGCCUGUGGCACACUGGCUGCCGCCUGCUGACCUGAGGUUUCCAGACACUGUCCCCACACUGGGUGCUGCACCCCAGGCUGGAUGACUAGUGCUCAAAUGGUGCACUGUGCAGCCUGUGUGGCAUGCAGAGUGACCCUACAGAGUGGCAGAUGGUUGGAGGCCUUUGUGGAUUUUAAACUCUGAGAAGAAUCCUUGGUUCUUUAGACAUUUGUAUGGGCUACAUACCCAAACUCCAUUGCCACUUAAAGGCAAAUAAUUAUGAAAAUUUUCUGUUUUCAAUGGGUAGGUGCCUUUUUGUGAGCAAGGGGCAUAAUUGUUAGUUAUUUGUGGUAAUUAUGGCAGUUUCUUAAUGAUCAUGUGACAAUACAAUUUCUAACAAUCUUCUAUCCAUAUCUCUUUGAUUUUAUGGAAUUAGGGAUUUUUCUGAUGAGUGUUCCAUAGAUGAUUUGGAUUUAUAAAAGUAUUAGGGGUGAGGUUUGUACUUUCCUAAACUUGAAUUUUCAACACUAAUAGUAUCCUAUGAGAGAUGUGUGUGUUCAGGGAGGGUGGGAUCCUGCCUGGUGUUACACAGUGCAUGAGAUGGCUGGUUUGGAGCUCAUGGCAAUAAUGCUGUGCUGUGGGGGUCUGCACCCUCCCAAUUGUGCAUGUCAGAUCUCCCUUUCCUUUGCAUCAGUUCACUGACAAUUGUAGUAACUUGAGUGUGGAGAGAUGGUCACCUUUAGCCUUCUGUAUUGUUAUCCUGGCUGUACUUGAGGGUACGCAGGGGUCUGGCUCACUCCCUUGGGGAGACCCUUUUGGGGACUCAAGCAUUUUGUUGGGUCUUUCUUCUUUCUUUACCCUCUAAAUGGAAACUGAAGGUGGCUCCCUCUGUCAGGUGGCUGCAAAGCUGUGGACCUGACCUCCUAGUGGGUGCUGCUGCCCUGCCUGCCUGUCACCUGCAGAUAACUGCUGCUUCUGCAGCCUGCUUCUUGCAGAGAAACAUGCACUUCCCUUGCUGUGCUCGCCCUUCUCCUCAGUUUCAUUUUAGGGACUGCAGCUCACUUUCUGUCGCAGACACUUAACUCACUGUGAGGAUCAGUAUGCAUGCUUUUUGUAAUUAACUGGUGCUUUGAAACCUUUUUUAAGGAAGAAAAAUCUCAACCAAAGUUAUGCUCAUCCUGACAAGCUAACCCUAGAGUUAAUUUAGCACAACUCCUUCUUCAGUGCCUCUUAGGGAAAGGAAAGAAAACAGAAGGCUUCACACUAAGCCCGACAGGCGCCCUGUUUGCUAAUAGAGAUGUCCCCUUGUUUUCCAGCAGUGGUGGCUUCCUUGGAAGAUUAAACAAACUAGGUGCUUGUAUAUAAUUUAUUACAGUUUACUCUACUGCAUUUCUGUCAAACUGAAAUGCAUGCCCUUCAGGGGAAGACUGUGAGUCAAUUUAAAUUAAAUAACACAAAACCUAAUACUAAGCAAUAUGAAGCUGCACUCUUUUUAAAUGAGGCUAACCCAAGUAAUUCAGAGAGGGGAGGGAUGUUUGCUUUCUAAUUCCAAGGACAAUGAAGGCAAAAACUAGUGUUAAGGUGAGUGCAACCAGGAAUGUGCUGCACCCUUCUUGGCUCUAUUAAACCUGGAAGUCAUGAGGGUGAGUACAGAAAACACAUUUGGGAUGGCAGUGAAUGGAAGCAUCCUCGUUUCAUGUGUAUCAUGUGAGGGCUCUGACAUGUGUGUCUGGGUUCUGGGGAGACCUGGGAAAUCUACAGUGCACUUUAGUGCUGAAAGGCAGUACACAAGCCUGCAGAACCUAGGAUUUCCCAAACUGUUUUGACCUCAGGACCUUUCUCCCCUCUGGGACACCUCACUGCAUGCCAUGGAAAACAUUUUGGGAAACUACAUUAAUUAGUUCUUUAAGCAGACCAAUGGUCACAAACAGUGACGCUGAGGCAGAAUUUGCAUGCUUUUGUAUCGUCCACGAUGCACUGAGUGGAUGUUAUUUUUCCUUGUUGGAAAGAGUAAGCACAGAACAUUGGCUGGAGCGCUUUCCUUUGAUGGAAAUCAGCUUCCCAUGGCCCUGGCCUUUUAAAACUGAAAGUAGCAGAAUUAAUACAAGGAUUAAUUGGGGUAAACAAUAAAGGUUUUAAUUCAGAUCUAGAAGAGAACACUGCACAAUUGAAUGCAGAUUUUUAUCCGUAGAUAACUAUAGUGUUUUGAAAUGAUAAGACCCUAUCUUUAAGGUUUAUAAUACUUACUAUGGGAUGUAAAUCUGUUUUUUAAAAACACUUUUUUAGGAGCCUGAGAGUUGCCAUCUGGCAUUUAGUUUAGUACAACCAAUGACUGCUUCUAGAGACUCUUGACCUUACCUCCCAACAGCUGAAGGGCUAACUGUCUCUCUACCAGGUGUUUGUUACAGCAUUUGCCCAUUGUACAAAGUACACUAGAUGGUUGUAAAAAGAACACUAUUGUAGACUAGCACUGUAUGAUUUUGUGAGUGACACCGCUGUGGAAAUGCUCACGCAUUUUUAUGCCUGAUGAUGGUGUAUCCUGAGAAGCAUGGAAAUGGAGUUCUGUUUUAAUAAACCAGAAA